CUGUCCAAUCAGUAGCAACACCAGAACGAGACAAUUAACCCUUUAAAUUACUAUUAUCUCGGUAUAAUCAAUCGUGCUUCUCUUCAUCCUAUUGUCCUUUUCCUCCAAGAACAAUGCCAUCUUCUAUAGAGAAUCUCUCCCCAUGAAUCACCAUCCACUUUCCUUAAAGGAAACACUCGUGAAAAAACUCCCUAGUCCUCGUUUUUUCUCGUAGUGUACGACACCAACAUCUCUAGCUCAAGACUGACAGAGAGAGAAACCCAUGGCCACUCCUCUCAAUCCCACCUCCAACUUCUUCUUCUUCAUCUUCACGGUCACCCUGCUCUACGUGGCCUACACGAUCCCUAGGCACCAGCCGAGAGAGACCAACCUGGUCUUCUACGUGCACGGCUACUUGACCGGACAUGACGCGUCCGCCGUGGCCGUGGCAGGGAGGGCCGGGCCGGAGUCAAGCAUCCUGCACUUCGGGACGGUCCUGGUGGUCGACGACCCGGUGACCGAGGGGCCAACCAUCGAGUCGAGGGAGAUUGGGAGAGCGCAGGGGAUGUACGUGAAUUCGCAGCUGGACGGCAAGGGGCUGCACCUGGUGUUCUCGGUGAUCUUCACCGAUGGGGAGCACGAGGGGAGCACGCUGGAGAUCCAAGGUGCCGAUCUGUUCUCGAUGGCGGAGCGCGAGUUCGGCGUCGUCUCAGGGACCGGCAAGUUCAGGUUCGUGAAGGGGUAUGGGGUCAUGGUCACUGAGUUCAUGGACAUUGCCAACUUGAGAGCUGUGCUCAAGCUCAAUGUAACAGUCAAGCACUACUGAAUAAGAUUGAGACGAGUAGAUCACAAAAAGGUAUUGGAUCUUGAUUUUGAUUGUUUCUUGUAAGAGAUUGUUAUUUUCUUCUUCUGAGACGUUCUUCAGUUCGGAGAUAUCAAAGAAAAUGGGUGUUUUUCUUUUUGCUGUUGUAAUAAGAAAUUGAGGCACGCCCCAAGCAUCA